CAGCACUCAGCAAAAAUGUCUUUGAAAUAUCAAAAAUGGAAGAUGGCAAAUUAAUUAAUGGCGUCAGCCAUCACUAGCUGUACACACAUACAAACAAAUAACUCUUCAAGCAAUAUAAGUAAGUAAACGCAUACACAGAGAAAUAUCACACAAACAACGUAAUCAGCGCCAUCAUCGCACAUCCUCCACCUUUGAGCGCUUAACCGCGAGAAUCUUAAGCCGAAAAUGUAUGGUUUACUGUUGGAGAAUCUCUCCGAGUAUAUCAAAUCCGUUUAUGGUGAAGAAAAAUGGGAGGAUAUACGUCGCCAAGCUGGUAUCGAUUCGCCCUCGUUCAGCGUGCAUCAAGUUUAUCCAGAGAAUAUGCUGAACAAGUUGGCGAAGAAGGCGCAACAGGUACUUGGCGUUUCCGAGCGUGAGUUCAUGGAUCAAAUGGGUGUGUACUUUGUCGGCUUUGUCGGUCAAUACGGUUACGAUCGCGUACUAUCCGUACUAGGACGACAUAUGCGUGACUUUCUCAAUGGUCUGGAUAAUCUGCACGAAUACUUGAAAUUCUCCUACCCGCGCAUGCGAGCGCCUUCCUUCAUUUGUGAAAAUGAAACUCGACAAGGACUCACAUUGCACUAUCGAUCGAAGCGGCGCGGUUUUGUCUACUACACCAUGGGACAAAUCCGUGAAGUGGCGCGACACUUCUACCACAAAGAGAUGCAUAUCGAACUGGUACGCGAGGAGAUACUCUUCGAUACGGUGCAUGUGACAUUUCAGCUGACAUUCGAUAAUCGUGCAUUCACACUGGCAUCGCUGGCGAUGACACGCGAGGAGAAGCAUUUACCCAUCAGUGCACAUGUGCUCUUCGAGAUAUUCCCAUUUUGCAUUGUAUUUGGUGCCGAUAUGGUUGUGCGCAGCAUUGGUAAUUCUCUAAUGGUCAUUCUACCCGACCUGCUUGGCCAGAAAAUUACCGCCUGGUUCGAUUUGGUGCGGCCACUGAUUGCCUUCAAAUUCCAAACUAUUUUAAAUAGAACAAAUAAUAUUUUCGAAUUGGUCACAGUAGAGCCCGUUACAGAUCGGGUCGAUAUUCAGCCCUCCACUGAACUAUUGCUGCACGACGAUGGAUCAGAACCGGAAAAGACGUUGCGGCUAAAAGGUCAAAUGGUUUAUAUGGAAAAUUGGCGCAUGAUCAUGUUCUUGGGCACGCCGGUUAUGCCUGAUCUCAACUCACUCAUUACAACCGGCUUGUAUAUCAACGAUUUAUCAAUGCAUGACUUUAGCAGAGAUCUCAUGUUGGCCGGUACGCAACAAUCCGUCGAACUCAAAUUAGCGCUCGAUCAGGAGCAGCAGAAGUCAAAGAAACUGGAAGAAUCUAUGCGUAAGCUGGAUGAGGAAAUGCGGCGUACAGACGAAUUGCUUUAUCAGAUGAUACCGAAACAGGUGGCCGAUCGUUUGAGACGUGGCGAAAACCCCAUUGAUACAUGUGAGAUGUUCGACUGUGUGUCUAUACUAUUCGCUGACGUGGUCACAUUCACCGAAAUCUGCAGUCGCAUCACACCCAUGGAAGUUGUAUCCAUGCUUAAUGCAAUGUACUCCAUAUUCGAUACCCUUACCGAAAGAAACAAUGUGUAUAAAGUGGAAACAAUUGGCGACGCUUACAUGGUUGUGUCGGGUGCGCCAGAAAAGUCUGCUAAUCAUGCAGAUAAAGUUUGUGAUAUGGCCUUGGAUAUGGUUGAUGCCAUUACCGAUCUGAAAGAUCCCUCUACGGGACAGCAUUUGCGCAUACGUGUUGGCGUACAUUCUGGCGCAGUGGUUGCUGGUAUUGUAGGCUUGAAAAUGCCUCGAUAUUGUCUAUUUGGCGAUUCGGUUAAUACGGCGUCACGCAUGGAAUCCACGGGUGCAGCGAUGAAAGUGCACGUAUCCGAGCCAGCAAAGCAAUUUCUUAGCCCCUAUUAUAAGUUAACUGAGCGGGGCGAAAUCGAUGUUAAAGGAAAGGGUCCUAUGAAGACGUAUUGGUUGGACGAAUGUGAAAACCGUAAAUCAUUACAGUUGCCACCCGAACUAUUCCAUCCGAUUUCAACAUUCACUGCGCCAACAGCCGCCACGACUAGCUCUAGUUCAUCUACAGCAGCCUCAACAUCUGAUCGACGCUUGAGUGUAUCACAAACAUUGAAGGCUAUCAUGCCAGCUGCUGCCCAACCAGUCAUAGGCUCAGUUGAGCGAAUGCAAUUGGUUAAUGCCACAAGUGCUAUGAUCAACUCAAUGGAUGUGGUAAGUUCAACGCCACCAGUGCCGUGCAGUGCUGGUAAGGAACGUGGACGUAUAUACUCUCCAGUAACUUUUACGGAUGUAGCGCGUCGCAGCAUAGCAAAUUCACCUAUACGCAAUUCAUAUGGCAGCAAUGAACGUGGCCGUGAAUCGAGAUCUAAUUCUAUGGGGCAUGUCUUUAUGCGUUCGCCCAGCGACAUUUUCGGUUCACUCAUCUUAGACACAGAGGAAUUUUUGGAAGACUUGCAAUACUCACGCACCUCGUUGGUUAACACUGGCACCAGCUCUGCAAUAUGUCCCUACAGUCCAGCACCUACUUUUCGCAUAGGUAGCGCACCGGCCAAACCACGUCCAAAUAAUCCGGAUCAAUUUACGCCAGAAGAACUAGCAGCAAUGGAUCAGAUAACACCACCAUCCACGGCCCCACCACAGGAAACUGUCACAUGCAAAGUAGCACCGUCAACAUCGUCAGCCUCGUUGGAAAAGUCCAAGGCCAGAAAAAUCACAUUUUCACGUAGCCUUACCGUAACACAAGAGCCAGUUGCUACACCAGCACCUGUGCAACAGCAGCAGCAGCAACAGGAGAAGGCACAAGCGAUCGUUGCUCCAAGCUCUCCUGCAGUCUCCAUACCCAUACCAGUGGCACCGAAGGUAACCGCAAUUGCCAUUCCCUCAACGUCAGCUAUAAAGCCUGCGCAAGCAAGUAAGAACAUAUCAUUCGGCAACAGUCGUAUGUCAUCACAAGAAUCUCUGUCCCCCUGUUCACCACCAAUUCGCUCCAACUCUGCACCUCUACCUAUGUCUAAGGCAGCACGCAAAGCAUUCCUCGCCGCGAAACAAACGAAAGCGAUAGAAAAACUAGACAGGAUGAUUGAAGAAGUAAAUGAAGUCGAUGUUCAAAACAAGCGUGCGAAUAUGCGCCGCAUGGCCGCCUUUCGGGAUGAAGGUGGUGGCAAUGAAGGUCUAGGCGGCGGUGGAGGAGGAGGCUGCCCGCUAUUUUUGCCACCACCACCUGGUCCACCAAUGACAAACUCCAUAUCAGACUCGGGCAUAUCUCAUCACGGUCACAACCACAGCUAUUCGUCUGUACACUAUGCCACUUGUCAUCAUGCUCAUGAGCCGAAAAUGAGUAACAGUCACAGUUUCAGUCAUGCUCGCUCAACUGCACACCAGUGUUGUACAGGAUAUAAUCACUCCAAUGGGCGGCAUCGAGUGCAUUCCAAUGCAUGUCAAUUGUUGUAAGAAUGGCAGUAGAUGAGACGUUGUAAGGUGGUGGACGAAAGAGUAUAAAAAUGUAUGCUUAAGAAGGUGCUAUAUAUAUAUACUUUUGUAUGGAUGCAAAAAAUGCCUGAAAGAUCAGGAGAUGCUCGGUAUACGAAACAAAUCCAAAUUCGUACCAAAAAAAACAAAUAAUAAAAAUAUAGGUACCUAAUAUAAUAAUUAAUUAGGAUUAUCAGAACAACUUACACAUAGAUAUAUAGGCACUCAUGCAUAUACAGGGUCCGGUACUCGAAGUGUAACCAAUUAAAAAGGCCAUACAUUUAGGCUGGAAAAUUAAUUUUAUUCAAUUCAAAGUAAAAAAUGUGUGAAAAUAAAACAAAAUUAAAAAUUAAUUUACUUUUACUCGAUAUGUCCACCUUUUGCCUUGACUAUGGCCUUGAGAUGAUCCAGAAACGAAUCGCAAGCUGCCCGAAUGUGACUUGCAGGUAUUUUGGCUUACUCGCGUACAAUGGCUUUUUUCAGCGCCUCGAGACUGGUGAAUCGUUUAGUUCUGCCCUUGCUCUCCAAAAUGGCCCAAAGAGGGUAAUCCAUCAGAUUCGCGUCUGGUGAAUUUGUGAGCAAUUGUGUGGAGAUUAUGAAGUUCGGAACUUUGUUUUUUAGCCAUUCUUGGUUCACUCGAGCUUCGUGAGACGGUGCCGAGUCUUGUUGAAACGUCCAUGGUCUGCCACCGAAAUGUUUGUCUGCCCUCGACUUCAAAGUAUCCUCCACAAUACUUUCCUGAUAAUAAAUCGCAUUUACCUUGACACCAGGCUCGAUGAAAACGAGCGCCAUCUGCGAUUACAGCAACCCAAACCAUUACCUGUGGCGGGUGCUGCCUCCAGGUGGCCAAUCGAUGACUCAAAUUCUCGUAUGAAACGGUCGGUCAAAUAAACCCUAUCAUUUUGUGAGUUUACGAAUUGCUCCUUUUGAAAAAUUGUCUCGUGAGAAAACACAAUGUACGGAAAUUGAGAGCUUUCGGACAAGCGAAACAACCCCUCCGCUCUCUCAAGUCUGGCUUGUUGCUGCUUUGAUGUGAGAUCAUGCGCCUUUUGGGUCUUACAAGACUUGAAUUUGAGAUCAUUUUUCAGUAUGUGGCGAUUCAUCCGGGAUUUCGCUCAAGUCACUUCUUCUCUUUUUGAACCAUUUCUCGUGACGUUGCGGUCUUUUGAUGACCACCUCCAUGACGUUUCACGAUGCUACCAGUAUCAUUGUAACGAGUAAUGGUGCGAUAAACAAAAACUCUAUUUACUUUAAGGGGAUCGAGCUCACGAACAAUCGCUGGUUGUGAUUUUCCAGCCAAAUAUAAUGCAAUCACACUAUUAACCCGUGCCCGUGCAUCAGCUGCGCAAGCGGUCUGAAGUUGUUUACUCUUCAAGUACCGAACCCUGUAAGAUGAUUAGUUGUUAAUUUGGUACAAUUUAUGUCCAUACGCUUAAAAACAAGAUUUUGUAUUACUCUCUCGUUGCUAGUAUUUUUCUUUGCUUUUUUAUUACCUUUUUUACCUAUUUUUGGAAGUAACCCAAAAUCGCGAUACACGAUCUCAGCUUCGGUGGCCGCUUUGCAAAUGCAACAAUAAAAAAUAGAAAAAGCUAAAAACACAUGACAACUGUGAAAAAAUAUUGUUUUUCGACCCUACACAAGAAUGGUAGAAUACGAUACAUCAUUAUACAGAUUGAAGGAUAAUUUUGAGAGUAAUUUUUUCAAGGUAUGACACCUUGGAGAAUCGAGGGAGAGAACUGAGAGGAAAAUAACAAAAUAGCCAAUUGUUUUAAAUAACAAAGUAAAGUUAAGGUAAAGCGAACUCAUACAAGGUGGUAGCAGUUGUACAAAAAAACUGUUUAGAUGUAUUUUGAAAUUUGAUAGUGUGAAUGUCAAAAUCAACUGAUAAUUUUCCACGAACUGCAAACAAAAUAUAUAUAAACAAUCAGAAUGGCCAAUAUAAGACCGUAAUCCAGCUCUCAGCAAAUUUCACAGAAUCGGCUGAUAGGCCAACGAAACAACGGACGUCUUUACACAAAAAUUGGGAUUAUGUUGGUGAUAUACGAAAAAAAUCAACAUAGUCCUCACUUAUGUUGCUUCGUUUGCGUCUGAACAACGACUGAAUAAACGAGUGUAUGAAUACGUGUGAAACGAACGGGCAGAAACCGUCUGCUGAGGGUCCUGUGACGUGGCGUACAAUUUUGUUUUUCACCAUAGCUAAUGGUCACACUUGGUGAAUCUAUCAUCCUAGGUAUGAACAAAAUAGAUCACUUUGACCUUCAAACCACCAAAAUGAUUAAAAACACAGUUGUUCUAGUAACACCGCCUUGAGUUAGGUUAUGUCAUUGUAUACAUUGGAAUAGAAUAGAAAGAAAGAGUUGCUGGUUAACAAACAAAAAUGGUGUCAGCCUAACAGCAGGUUCCGUAAAUUCAUCGAAACCCGAGUAGCGAUAUCGCUAUAGACAUAUGUAACCCUUUGUAUUCGCUUAACUGUGCAACCGACACAAACCAAGUGUUGCUAAAUUCAAGGUGGAAGACCUAAAUUUGGCAUCCAAUAUUAUUUUUAUUUAUUACCUUUUUAUUUUUUUGUUCGUCUUGUUUUUUUUUUAAGAGGCUCCCUGUCCAAUGAACCACACAUUAUACAUGUGACAAGUUUCCCCACACUUGCCUCUUAUCGUACUAGUCCACGAAUCAUUUACAGUCGGCCAAAAAAGUUUUUGCACCGUUAUCUUUUUUACAAUAUUCACAAUAUUUUUCAUACAAAUUCGUUGGUUUUGUCAUGAAAAUACAGUGUACCAUAAGCGGACACUUUUUUCAAUACAUACCCCAAAUCCUUAAAAAUUUCUUUAAAUACUUUUCUCAUAAGCGGACAAGCACCCAAGCGCUGUAUGAUAUAAUAUAUAAAGUGUAUGGUAUAAAGUUCAAAAUUUUAAAAUAUGUUGCUUUUGUUAUAGUAUGGACGAUUUUUUUAACAAACAAACAAAAACUACCAUGAAAAACAUUACGAUUAUUGUAAGAAAACUGAAUGUACCAAAACUUUUUUGACUCACUGUAUAAUCGUAUAUGAACUAAUUUCAUGUUGACUAUAGACGGAUUUUUUUUAGGUAUUUGGCAGAGAAAUAUUGUACUUUCAUGCAGCGAUGUGUGAAAACGUGCAUAGUAAAAAUAAUAUAAUAUUAAAUAUUAUAUUUUUGUUUUUAAUUUUAUUUAAAUUUUUUCUGCCUUACAGCAAAGCACCGCGUUUCCAUUUCAUGUGAAAUAGCUGCCCAAAUCUAUCUAAAAUGUUUAGCUGCGAAAUAUGCAUGAAAUUUCACAAUAAUUUUACGACAAAGUUGUACUCUAUUCACGCUAUGAAAAAGAUCGCAACAUGUUGCCACAAUGAUGCCAGCAACAUUUUUU